GCUCGCUCUUGCCUGAAGAUGCCAAGAUGGCGGCGAGCAAUUAUUAUGGAUUCACGCAUGGUGCCGGUCCGCAGUACAGCACCCAGCCCGCUACUGCCUACUCCCACCCAACAACAGCCAGCUACAGCGUCCAGCCGGCUCCUGGGGUGGCCCAUGCUGUGACCGCCUCCUAUGCUCCUGCCACUGCACAGACUGCCCGUCCUGUGGCAUCUGCCCCCUACCCAGGCUACCAGACCCACCCCGCCCCUGAUUAUGGCUAUGGGGCCCGACAGCAGGACCCGGCACCUCAGCCUACCACCACGCCGCAGACCUACCAGGUAUACACUGAAACGCAGGACAACUACAGUUAUGGACGUGCAGCAUCUGCCACUAACUAUGAAAAUAAACAGUACUAUCAGACAAGCGCAGCACCCGCCCAGCGGACACCAACAGAAACCUACUACCAGACAGGUGCUAAAGGUGGUUACAGCCAAGCCAGCACAGUGUACAGCCAGCCUCCACCCCAGAGGCAGGUCACGGCCUUAAAACCCAUCGCCCCCGCCAGCUCUGUGUCCACCACUUACAACAUCUACCCAGUGUCCACAAGUGUUCAGCAGCCUCCUACGCCCAUCUCCUCUUACGCACCCAGCUCCUCCUACAACUCCACUGCUGCUACUUCCUACUCGGGCAUCAGCUACUCAAGCUAUGACGCUAGCGGCUACACCUCCAGCCCCUCCUACUACCAGCCUGCCCAGCUGCCCCCGCCCCAGCCCCAGCCUCCCCCACAGCAGCCUCAGCCGGCCCUGCAGCAGCCCCCCAAGCAGCUCACCAGCUCGUCCUGGAGCAACGCAGGGAGCAACAUGGUGACCACACCCACGGUCAACACCUACAAGAAGCCCAUGUUCCACCAGAACAAGAUGCAGAAACCCAAAGGUCCCCCCAAGCAGCCCCAGCUCCACUACUGUGACAUCUGCAAGAUCAGCUGUGCUGGUCCACAGACGUACCGGGAGCAUUUAGAAGGUCAGAAGCACAAGAAGAAAGAGGCGGCCCUGAAGUCUGGUACCCAGGCGACCAACGGGCCACGAGGGGUGCAGACCCAGCUGCGCUGCGAGCUGUGCGACGUCUCCUGCACCGGUGCCGAUGCCUACGCUGCUCACAUUCGCGGGGCCAAGCACCAGAAGGUGGUCAAACUCCACACAAAGUUGGGGAAGCCCAUUCCCUCGACAGAGCCAGUUUUGGUUAACUCCGCCCCCGUUGCUACAACUACAACAGCUGGUAAACCUGCCUCUACUGCUGUCACGCCAGCUGCUGCUGCAACGCCAGCGAAACCAGUGGUGGCAAACCCCAGUAAGGCUCCUCCGCCGGUCAAGAAAACCACCGCCCCAAAAAUUACCUUUGUUGCUAACAAGCCUGCUACACCGCCAGUACCAAAGGUGGAGGAGGUGAAACAAACUGUGACAAAGUCAGAUCCACAGAGUGAUGAUGAGGAUGGGGAUGGGAAUGGGAGCCAGGGCGACGUGCAGCCCGUGGGGCACGACUACGUUGAGGAGGUUCGUAAUGAGGAUGGCAAGGUGAUUCGCUUCCACUGUAAACUGUGUGAGUGCAGUUUUAAUGACCCAAAUGCAAAAGACAUGCACCUGAAGGGACGCAGGCAUAGACUGCAGUACAAGAAAAAGGUGAAUCCGGAGCUGCCGGUGGAGAUCAAGCCCAGCAACCGCGCACGGAAACUACAGGAAGGCAAGCUGAGGAAACAGAAGCAGAAAGCUGUGCUGAAGAGACAGCGUGAUGAUGAGCAGCGCUGGCACAUGGAGAUGAGGCGCUAUGAGGAGGACAUGUACUGGAGGAGGAUAGAGGAGGAGCAGCUCUACUGGGGAGAACAGAGACGCAGGAUGGUCCCCCCUCCACUGAUGAGUCGGCCUGGAAUGCCUGUGCCCCCCCUUCUGCUCUUUUCCCCUAAGCCCGCCCGCCGGCCUGACUCCCCUGACGACCGCCACAUCAUGGCCAAGCACUCCACCAUCUAUCCAGUGGAGGAGGAGCUUCAGGCCGUGCAGAGGAUUGUGUCACACUCAGAGCGUGCCCUCAAGCUCGUCUCCGACUCUCUGCUGGAGAAGGAGGGUCCAAAGAUGGACGAGGAGUCCAAGGACAAAGUCAAAGUGGACCCCCAGGCACGGAUGUUGAAAGGGGUCAUGCGAGUGGGAAUCCUGGCCAAAGGACUGCUCCUUCAUGGAGACAGGACUGUGCAGCUCAUUUUGCUGGCAGAUAAGAAGCCAACCACCUCUCUUCUCAACACCAUUGCAGAGCAGCUCCCCAAAGAGCUUGCGACGUUUUCUGAAGAUCAGUAUGAGGUGCAGGCUCACCCUGAGGAAGCCAACAUCGUCAUUUUUUCCAGCAAGGAGCCCAAAAUGCAGGUGACCAUCUCUCUUACGUCGCCCCUGAUGAGGGAGGACCCUGCCGCUGAGAAGGACGCAAAGGCAGGAGACAAAGCGGCUGAGAAAGGGGUGGCUGAGGCAGAGACAGAUCCUCCAGAUGUAUUGGACAAGAAAAAGUGUCUUGAGUCCCUGGCCGCCCUUCGGCAUGCCAAGUGGUUCCAGGCCCGUGCAAAUGGUCUGCAGUCCUGCGUGAUCAUCAUCAGGGUACUACGGGACCUGUGCCAACGAGUGCCAACCUGGGGGAAGAUGCCAGGAUGGGCCAUGGAGUUGCUGGUGGAGAAGGCUAUCAGCAGUGCAUCUGGGCCACUUAGCCCCGGAGAGGCCAUGCGCCGGGUUCUGGAAUGCAUUGCCACUGGAAUUCUCCUGCGAGAUGGCCCAGGACUGCUCGACCCCUGUGAAAAAGACCAAACAGAUGCUCUUGAAAGCAUGACCAAUCAAGCCAGAGAGGACAUAACAGCAAGUGCGCAGCACGCAUUGCGAUUACUGGCAUUCCGGCAGAUCCACAAGGUGCUUGGGAUGGAAUCGCUGCCGGCAGCCAAGGCCGGUGCCCGCAAUCGCAAACGAAGAAGGGACGGCAGCGAGACAGGAGAGGGGGAAGGAGAGGGCAAAAAAGACAAAAAGGAAGAUGCAGAGGAAGCCUGAACACUGUCAGGGCACCAUACUUCUUAAUGACAUACAUCCAACAGCCUUCAGUUUCUUUUGUUUUAGAUACACUAUACAUCUAUAUGAUCAUAAAUUCAGUUUGCAUUUUACAGGGAGAGGCUGAGGCACUUAUUCCCCACACAUAAUCUACUGUAGAUGUCAUUAAAGAAUUGUGCUUAAAAUGGGUUUAAAUGUCACUAAAGUUUAAAGAAAAUAAUGAUUGCAUCAUUCCAUUACAAGCAUAUUUGCCCCAUAGCUACUGAAUACUCCAUCUUACAGUACUUGUACCAACCACUGUUACUUUAUUUACUUAUUUUUAAUAGUGCACUUUCUGUAACUUUACUUAUGUCUUUUCUUAUGAAAAGAAAAGCUGAAAUCCCAUCUGCAAAGGCCAGUUUAAGUGUUUUUAAUUCAUU